GGAGGGCUCGGGGCGGGCUCGGCUCCCGGCGGCGAGAGAGAGGGCGCGGGGGGCCGCAGCUCCGGCAACAUGAAUGCGGAGAACCAAGAUGUGCUGCUGGAUCUGGAGGGGGAGGAGGAGGAGGAGGAGGAAGAUGAUGAUGAUGGCGAGACCGUCUUGGAACUGAACCAGAUGAUUAUUCCCACUUAUGGAACUGUGCCAGAUCAGCAAAACCUUCAUACUCCUGAAUGGGUGGAUUUUGAUGGUAAACCUGACUCCUUGUUCUUCAGCGACGGGCAACGAAGAAUUGACUUUGUUUUGGUGUAUGAAGAUGAAAGAAAAAAAAUGACUCAUAAGAGGAGUGAUCGUAAAAAGCAAAAGAGGAAGAGACAAGUAUAUGAAUCAAACCUGAUAAACAGCGGCUUGCAACUUGAAGCAACGAGGUCGGUUUUGGAUGAAAAACUUAUUUUUGUGAAAGUGCAUGCACCUUGGGAAGUGCUGUGCACAUAUGCUGAGGUUCUGCACAUCAAAUUGCCUCUGCAACCCGAUGACCUGAAAACCCGAGACUCAGCUUUCAACUGGUUUAGCAGACUCUUCAGAGUGGAUGAAAAUAUCAUCAAACCUGAGCAAGAGUUUUUCACUGCCCCUUUUCAAAAGGAGCUUUUGUCCAACUUUUAUAUCCAAGACAAAGACACAUUUUUCAAUCCUGCAACUAGAAGCCGAAUUGUUCAUUUUAUCUUGUCCCGUGUGGAAUAUGCAACCAAAAACAAUGUGAAAAAGUUCGGUAUUAACAAAUUACUGGACACUGGAAUCUACAAAGCAGCAUUUCCCCUUCAUGACUCUAGUUUUAGGCAUUUGUCAACCGAUCCCAACUGCCCAAGUGAACGAUAUCUUCUCUACAGAGAAUGGGCUCAUCCCAAAAACAUUUUCAAACUGCAGCCCCUGGAUUUCAUCAGGAAAUACUAUGGAGAGAAAAUUGGAAUCUACUUUGCUUGGCUGGGUUUUUACACUAACAUGCUGAUCAUGGCUGCAAUUGUAGGAGUUGGCUGUUUUCUGUAUGGAUGCCUGACAAAGGACAACUGCACAUGGAGCCAAGAAGUAUGUGAUCCCAACAUAGGAGGUAAAAUCAUAAUGUGCCCUCAGUGUGAUAAAGUGUGUACCUACUGGAACCUCACCAUCACUUGUGAAUCAUCCAAGAAACUCUGUAUAUUUGAUAGCUUUGGAACACUGGUUUUUGCAGUAUUUAUGGGAAUAUGGGUUACUUUGUUUUUGGAGUUUUGGAAGCGACGGCAGGCUGAACUGGAGUAUGAAUGGGAUACAGUCGAGUACUUAGAGCAAGAAGAACAAGUUCGCCCAGAAUAUGAAGCUCGGUGCACUCAUGUAGUAAUGAAUGAAAUCACACAGCAAGAAGAACAUGUGCCAUACACUGCCUGUGGGAAGUGCAUACGGAUGACCUUCUGUACGAGUGCUGUCAUCUUCUGGAUUCUUUUGAUUAUUGCUUCAGUUAUUGGAAUCAUUGUCUACAGGCUCUCGGUUUUCCUGGCAUUUUCUGCAACGUUGUCACAGCACAUUAGUGGAACAGAGGCAAUCCGCAAGUACCUGACUCCACAGACAGCCACUUCAGUAACUGCUUCACUCAUCAGCUUUAUAGUCAUUAUGGUUCUCAACAUCAUCUAUGAAAAAGUGGCAAUCCUGAUUACUGACUUUGAGCUUCCAAGGACACAAACUGAUUAUGAAAACAGUCUGACCACAAAGAUGUUCUUGUUUCAAUUUGUCAACUACUAUUCUUCAUGCUUCUACAUAGCCUUCUUUAAGGGCAAAUUUGUAGGUCACCCUGGAAAUCCAGUUUAUUGGCUAGGAAAGUAUCGCAAUGAAGAGUGUGACCCAGGCGGAUGUCUCCUUGAACUCACAACUCAGCUUGCCAUCAUAGUAGGAGGUAAAGCAAUCUGGAACAACAUUCAAGAAGUGCUUCUUCCUUGGGUUAAGAAUCUAAUCGGAAGAUACUGUGCAGCUGCUAGAUCACAAAAAGUCAUUCCACGCUGGGAACACGACUACCACCUACAGCCCAUUGGAAAACUUGGACUGUUUUAUGAGUAUCUUGAAAUGGUUAUACAGUUUGGCUUUGUCACUCUGUUUGUGGCAUCAUUCCCCCUGGCUCCUCUUCUGGCCCUUAUUAACAACAUGUUGGAAAUCCGGUUGGAUGCCUGGAAGCUAACGACCCAGUUCAGGCGCAUGGUUCCACAGAAGGCACAAGACAUCGGAGCCUGGCAGCCUAUCAUGCAAGGCAUAGCCAUUCUGGCAGUGGUCACCAAUGCUAUGAUCAUUGCUUUUACGUCUGACAUGAUUCCUCGCCUGGUUUAUUACUGGUCCUUUUCAGUCCCUCCUUAUGGGAGUCACAGCAGUCACACUAUGAAAGGGUAUAUAAACAGUACACUUUCUGUCUUCAAUAUAUCAGACUUCAAGAAUGCAAGCAAGCCAUUUUCCCCGUGGUUUGUAAACCAAACAUGCAGAUACCGGGAUCUCCGCUACCCUCCUGGUCACCAGCACCAGUAUGAGCAUAACAUAUACUAUUGGCAUGUCAUUGCAGCCAAGCUGGCGUUCAUCAUUGUCAUGGAGCAUGUCAUAUACUUUGUGAAGUUCAUUAUUUCAUACUUAAUUCCGGAUGUAUCACAAAAGACCAAGAGCAAGGUCAAACGAGAGAAGUACCUAACACAGAAACUCUUGCAUGAGAACGAUCUCAAAAUUGUGAAGAAAACCAUGGGGAAAAUAGCCAACAAAAUUAUCCAAGGAGUAGACAGUACUUUCUGACCUAAAGCUGAAUAAGAACUUCUUUAUAUGGAAUAACAGUAUUUAGCCAACUAACACCUGUCAAGAUAUUACCAAUAGCUAACCAAACACUUUGGAUUAAUUCUCUUUACUAAGCAUUGCUUCUUGCAGCUGUUACCUGUUCAUUUACCUCUUGCCCUUGGACAAAUGCAACCACUGCGACUCAGAUAAGAGUUACCAAUUUUUUAACCAGCUUUAGUAGGACAUUUUUUUUUAACAUGUGAAGACAAAAAUUAUCUAUCAUCUCAAGACGAUGAACAUUAAUUCUGAAAUACAUAGAAUGCUUUCCACUUUAGGCAAGAGCUAUUAGAUCUCUUCUUUUGACUUGAAUAAAACCUUAAGAACAAGAGUGAUUUAUUGUAAGAAUAACAUCUGAAGGAGUUGUGAUUGCUUGCUAAUGCAGACCCCAACUAUGAAAUGAAGAGAAAAAGCCAAAGCAUGAAGGAAAAAGAAGGAAAAUACACUCAAAAUCAUGUUGUUAAGCCAUUGGAAUUGACAUACUAAGUGCUGUUGUGUGCUACUCUGAAUUAGCUAUGCAUACUGAGACUUAAAUGGAUAACAAGAUAUUUCAAUUAAUCAUGGACUUGGAUCACAAAAAGCAGCAGGACUGUAAGCCCAUCCUGUUCAUCAAUCUCUCUGUAAACAGGAGAAUUGCCUUUGAAAUCAAUGCACACAAACUGACUUUACAGCACUCCAAGUGAGUAGAAAACUCAGGCAUUUUAUCUUUCCCUAGUCAAUGUACUUUCAUUAGUUCACUUGCCCGUUCUGCUCUCAAUAACCACAGCCUUGAAGGUCUCCUACCUGUAACAGUAAUGAGUGUUAAAAGUAUUUUCACGUAGCAAAUCAAUAUUUGUGGAGGGCUGUCUUCUGUGUUUCUCCCACACCGUGCCUUUCCCUGAAAUUCUGACAAAGGAAGAAUGUGCAGCUGGACUUGUUGUGAUACAACAUUGCAUGAUGAAGUGAAUUCUGACAAGACCAUGAAUCUAUUGAAACUCAAGAUUGGAAUAAACCAUUUAAUAUGCCUUCACAAUGUUAUGAAGCUUUAAAUAACUAGGAAGGAUGUUAGAGGUGUGGAUGCAAGUGCUAGAGCCAUCAGUCAUCUUCAAAUUAGGCUGCAGAUCUGCUUGGCUAUUUUGGGUCCAGUUGCAAACGAAGGUACGGAAUUACAGAUGAAGCAUGUAUGUAGAGCUCCGCUUUGUGUUUGCAGCAGUGAUAUUCCCGGUUAUCACUUGCUUUCUCUUUUAACAGCUUUACUGGACCAAUUUCUGAAUUCCUGAAAAUCUAAAUCUGGUUAAAAAAGCAAAACUAUGCCUGUACUCUGUACAGCAGGUGAUUGCUGUUGCAUUUGUAAUUUUGUACUCUUCUUAAAUAUAAUAGAUAUGCAGGACUUUUAGUCAGAUUAUUCAUAUAGCUUUUUAUAUAUUAAGAAGUUCAUUUACAGAAACUAAGUAGCAUUUAUAAGCACUUUUUAUCCCAUUAAUAAUGAGAAGGAAUCAUACAUCUGAAUUUUGUAGCAAAACUUCCAAAUACCGACUGCUGCAUACCUCAAGCAUAUCCUUUGAAUCACAGAACCAUUUAGGUUGGAAAAGAACUUUAAGAUCAUCAAUUCCAACCAUUAAGUAGCACUGCCAAGUCCACCACUAAACCAUGUCCCUAACCACCACAUCUACAUGUCUUUUAAAUGCGUCCAGGAAUGGCAACUCUAGCACUUCCCUGGGCAGCCUGUUCCAAUGCUUGACAACUCUUUCGGUGAAGAAGUUUUUCUAAUAUCCAAUCUAAACCUUCCCUGGUGCAACUUCAGGCCAUUUUUUCUCAUCCUAUCACUUGCUACUUGGAAGAAGAGACUGUCACCCACCUGUCCUGGGUUCACCUCCUUUCAGGUAGUUGUAGCCGAGGACAAGGUCUCGCCUGAGCAUCCUUUUCUCCAGUCUGAAAAACACCAGUGCAUUCAGCUGCUCCUCAUAAGACUUUUGCUCUAGACCCUUCAUCAGCUUCCUUGCUCUUCUUUGGACAUGCUCCAGCACCUCAAUAUCUCUCUUGUAGUGAGGGGCCCAGAACUGAAGGCAGGAUUUGAGGUGCAGUCUCAUCAGUGCCGAGUACAGGGGGCGAACCACUUCCCUUGUCCUGCUUCCCAUAAUAUUUCUGAUACAAGCCAAGAUGUUACUGACUUUCUUGGCCACCUGGGCACACUGCUGGCUCACGUUCAGCUGGCUGUCACACAACACACUCCCCACUGUCAACUGGAUUUAACUCCAUUCACCACCAUGCUUUGGACCCGGCCAUCCAGCCAGUUUUUUACCCAGCGAAGAGUGCACCCGUCCAAGCCAUGAGCAGCCAGUUACUCCAGGAGAAUGCUGUGGGAAAUGGUGUCAAAGCCUUUGCUGAAAUCUAGGCAGACAGCAUCCAGAGACUUUUCCUCAUCCAUUAAGUGGGUCACCUUGUCAUAGAAGGAGCUCAGGUUAGUCAAACAGGACCUGUCUUUCAUAAACCCUUGCUGACUGGGCCUGAUCACUUGGGUGUCCUGUACAUGCUGUGUGGUGGCACUCAAGAUGAUCUGCCCCAUAACCUCCCACAGCACUGAGAUCAGGAUGACAGGCCUGUAGUUCAACAGACUCUCUGUACGGCCCUCAUGAUGUCCUUGUAGUCCUCCUGAGCAGUCUGCACCUCCUUCCAUAACUCAUAAACUCCUUCCAGCCAAAGCUCUGUUCAUCCAGGCCAGUCUUCAUCCCUGCCAGCGCAUCUUGCAGCACAUGGGGAUGGGCUGCUCCUGUGCCUUGAAGAUUUCCUUCUUGAAGAAUGUCCAGCCUUCGUCGACUCCUUUGCCCUCCAGGACUGCCUCCCAAGGGACUCUGUCAGCCAGGCUCCUAAAGAGGCCAAGGUCUGCCUCCUGGAAGUCCGAGGUAGCAGUUCUGCUGAAUUCCUCCUUACUUCUCUGGCAACAUUUAAACCAGAAGAGGUAGCACAUGAGGGCAUCCUUUCAGCAGUCGUGAUACCCAAGCUUUCACUCAGCAAGACUUUAAAUGAUUACAUGGAAGAACGUGAGAGAAAAGCUUGGCUCAAAAAUCAGGGAAAGAUGAAGGAAACUCACACAGGUUCCAGAGAACCGCUUGCAUUUCUGACACUGAAGGACUGAAGCUUACUUAUUACAAUGCCCAGAAAACGUUGUGUAGACACCACCUGAAGACGAGAAAAAAAGAUGAAGGACAGAAAAAUAAGAUAGACCAUCAUGAUAAAGGGCAGUCAACCAGAGUAGCGAUGGGACCAGUGCUUCUUUGCACAGGGGACUCUACCCUUUACAAUUUGUUUUGAUUUUGUCAGAAACAUGACAAGUCUUUAAUUUACCAGGAAUCAAAUACAAAUUGGGCAGAUGGACAAACACUCCAAAGUUUGUAAACAAGACAGCAUUUCUUAUCAAAAUACAUCCUCUCAAUACUGGUUUGACCUUUUCCCUGAUCACAGGAGGUUGGGGUUGGAAGGGACCUCUGGAGGUCAUCUGGUCCAAUCCCCUUGCUCAAGCAGGGCCAUGUAGAGCAGGCAGCCCAGAUGUCUAGAUGGCUUUUGAAUAUCUCCGAGGAUGAAAACUCUGUAGCUUCCCUGGGCAACCUGCUCAAGUCACCUCCACAGUGAAAAAGUGUUUAUUGAUGUUCAGUAUUUCAGUUUGUGCCCAUUGCCUCUGGUUCUGUCACUACACAGUAUACCAAACUUCUGUUUAAAACAAAUCUCUGUCAAAAAAAAACCGUUUCAUAAUACAAUUUUAGUGAAGUACUCAGGGCCUCCCUGGGCAAACUUGACUUGAGCUUUGAUUUUUAUCUUUUAACUGGUCCUCCCCCAUCUCUACUUGUGUUCAGCUGAGAGAUGCCACUUUUUCAAACACCCAUCAGUGAUCACAACCCCAGUGUGCCUUAAAUACCUUUUCAGGUAUUGCUGCUUUUCAGGUAUUUGCUGGACCAGGCAAGGAGGCAUCCUGUGAUAAAGGGGGAAAAAAUGCAGCACGAAAUGGACCAUUUCAAGUAGUUAUUUAGUCUUAAGAAAGCAUUAAUUGCCCUCUUUGACAGGUAAAGAGACUAGGAAACAAAUGCAUUGAGUGCCUUGCCUGGGGUCACACUGUGAGUGGUGGCAGAGCUUAAGCCUGAUUUUCAGGAGCGCCUGGUCUUCCGCUCCUUGUUCCUGUGGCCUUUCUCACGUUCCUUUUUUUUGGCAGCAUUUCCUAAAGGGAGAGUUAGCCCUCAGUGUUUAUAUCGAGAGUUUAUAUUCCUGUCUUUAAAACAGGGAUUAAAAAACAUGCUACAUCAGCAAAGUGUGUAUAUCUAUGACUUGGGCUCCUCCCAUCAUAAAAUCCUAAUCAGCUUUGGAUGUGUUUCUACAUUACCAUUUUUGUUCAGAGCAUGAGUGCACUUUUGAAACUAGUCUUCCACUUGUCGCACUUUCUGGGCAGUGCUUCCCAUCACAGAUUGGGCUCGAGGCACAUGGACUGGAUUGCUCUUGGUUCAAAUUGAACCAGAAGGCAGGUUGUAGAUAUGCACUUAGUGGUCUCUGACAGGUACUUAGUCUGGAGAGUUAAAACCAGAGCUAGGCUGAAGAGAGUGGUUAGUACUGCAUGGGCAUCACCUAGUCAACAUCAACUUUUUUGCUCCAGUGAUUCUGAAGCACCACACUCCCUGCUAAUGUAGCUGUAACAUUUCAUUUCAGAAGACAUUAUAUCAGGAAUUCAGUUCAGUGUGCCAUAUGCACAGUGUUAUUCACAGUGCAGUUCUGAAUGAGAGAAAGAAGAGGAAAACCAACAGAGUGCCUAAUAAUUGCAUUUUAAUAGUUUGAUUUAAGCUGUGCAAUUUCUGUAGCCUCUACCUCCAAAUGCUGAAAUGUGCUCUGCUUGUAGGCAGGAUGCUCUGCAGAGGCAUCAGAACAAAAUGCUGGGGCUGGGGGGGGGGGGGCAGUUGCCAAUAUAUGAGUAUUUUUAACUUUUUUUUUUUAGGCCACGUCACUUUAAUAGUAUCUAAAGAUCUGCUUGAAGGGAAAAUUAACAUUUGCUUUACACUAUGAAUCAAUUUUACUCUUUUUUUUUUUACACUUGACAUGUAGACCAGACUCUUACUUUGUAGAGAUCUGUUGAAAUCAGGGUGAAUUUUGACCAGUGACCAUUUCGUUGCCUUAACAAGCACCAUAAAUUGCAGACCAUUGCCACUAGUGUAGACUCUCUGUGUGUUGAUAAAAUUCAGAAUGUAAAAAUGUAUUUUUUGUAUUUUUUUCUAAGAAUGUUUGCUGUUAGUUCCUGAAUAUUAAAAUUUCUUUAUAUUUAUUGUUAUUAAAUAAAGUCUAUUUUAAAAUAACAAUA